UUAUCCUUGGUUUUUAAUUCCCCUGGAAGUACCUAGGGAUGGCGGUGUACAAGGUCUAGAGCUCCUGAGACCUUCCCAAGUACGGGGCUGGGCCUAUGCUACUGCGGGCGCUGGCUGCUUCGGCGCGUCUAUGUGCGGUAGUGUCCCAAUCCUCCUCCCCUCCUCCUUCGGCAUCUGCUCUGCAUUAGUCUGUCCCAGGCCUCCGCAGGCGCCGAUGAUUGAAUCAUCAUCAUUAACCAGGGUCUGCCCCCCGCCCUCCACAAGCCCCGGCGGCAGAGGAGGAUGGCGGGGGGCGAAUAAGAUCACUACACCAAGUCCCUGGGGGUCCCUCCCCCCCACCCGCCACCCUCUCCGAGACUCCUCAAAGCCCAGAGAAACUCCCGCCGUGGAGCCGGGAGGAGGCCUGCCAUCCGGAUGAAGCUCCGUAACGCGGACGCGUCAGCUGACGAGAGCGACAUUACGAGGAAAGGACCCGGGAGGGGCUUCUUUAGCGGGGUCGUGGUCACAGGAGAUCGACGACCCUGAGCAGCGGCGGGCGGAGACCGCUGGGCCCUUUGGGGUAGAAGGGGGCAGUCUUUUGCAGGCUCCAAAAGUUAGUCUCGCGGUAGGGUAGGGUCUAUUGUGAUGAUUACUACAAGAGGUCAAUGAGAUAGGACCCCCGCCUCACAACCCCCCUCCCUAAUUACGGAUUGAGGAGGGGGAGGGGCCAGUGGGGCUCAGGUGAGCACACGGGGAGAAAGGGACAUGGGCGGGGCCUUACAGAGGGUCAGCGAAUCCGAAAAGACCUAAACCCUCGUUGCUGGGCGACAAGUCCCGCCCCGCAGGCGGCACCGGAAGUGGCCGGCCGGGAUCAGCCUUUAAGAUGGCGUCUCCUCAGGGGGGCCAGAUUGCGAUCGCGAUGAGGCUUCGGAACCAGCUCCAGUCAGUGUACAAGAUGGACCCACUACGGAACGAGGAGGAGGUCCGAGUAAAGAUCAAAGACUUGAAUGAGCACAUCGUCUGCUGUCUGUGCGCUGGCUACUUCGUGGAUGCUACCACCAUCACAGAGUGUCUUCAUACUUUCUGCAAGAGUUGUAUUGUGAAGUACCUCCAAACCAGUAAGUACUGCCCCAUGUGCAACAUCAAGAUCCACGAGACACAGCCACUGCUCAACCUCAAACUGGACCGGGUCAUGCAGGACAUCGUGUACAAGCUAGUGCCUGGCUUACAAGACAGUGAAGAGAAACGGAUUCGAGAAUUCUACCAGUCCCGAGGCUUGGACCGGGUUACCCAACCCAGUGGGGAAGAGCCAGCCCUGAGCAACCUCGGCCUCCCUUUCAGCAGCUUCGACCACUCGAAAGCCCACUACUAUCGCUAUGAUGAGCAGCUGAGCCUGUGCCUGGAACGGCUGAGUUCUGGCAAAGACAAGAAUAAAAGCAUCCUGCAGAACAAAUAUGUCCGAUGUUCCGUUAGAGCUGAAGUUCGUCAUCUCCGGAGGGUCCUGUGUCACCGCUUAAUGCUAAAUCCCCAGCAUGUACAGCUCCUUUUUGACAAUGAGGUUCUCCCAGAUCACAUGACCAUGAAGCAGAUAUGGCUCUCCCGCUGGUUCGGCAAGCCGUCCCCUUUGCUUUUACAAUACAGUGUGAAAGAGAAGAGGAGAAAUCCUCUGAGUUUCAUCAUGAAGGAGGGCCUCUCUAUGUCCGUGGUCCCUCAGUGAAUUGCCAGAGGAGAGGGGUAGAGGACCCUACACAUAUAAAACUCAGAAGGUGAGCUAAGUGGAACCAGGUUACCCAUACCAGCUUUUUCUUUUUUCUUUCUUUCUUUCUUUUCUUUUUUUUUUCUUUUUUUUUUUUUUGGUGAAGGGAAGGCUUUCUGGAGGGGAGUUCUCACUAUACUUGAAUGUUGUAGCAUAUGCUGCAGGCUUCAGUGGAGGUGUCCUAAUUCAGGAGCAGUGGGGGUAGGGCUAGGGUUAGACAGUGGCCACUGCAGGACUGAAGAAGAGUGAUAUUUUAAAGAAAGUUCCAGAGAAUUGCUCUAUAGGAGGAAUCUUAAAAAAACAAAAAAACACGGGCGGUUAAGACACAGGGAACACAAGGGUGUUGAGUUGGAGACAUGGUUGUCCAUACAAGAUUCAGUAGGCCUUCACGUCCCUGGAUUAGGUGAAGCCAGGGUGAGGAGAGGGACCUGGUGUCCAGGAGAGCAAAGGCAGCUUCAGGUAAGAGGGAAGCAGCAAGGCUGUUCAUUCCCUUGAUUAAUUCAGUGAACAUUCCUUGUCUGUAUGAGCCCAGCCAUGACCCUUGGGCUCUGAAAGUACACUCAGCCAGGCUCCCUGUUCUGUGGCCUCUCAGUAGGAUAGUCAGAAACUUGCCUGACUGGGACAAUGACAGAUGGAGGAGGAAGCAGCGAGGUCCUGAAGGGAGCUAAUGGGCUGUGGCUGAACCUGGGACGAGUGGGUCGGAGCAGGCGGCAGAAACGUUGCCAGAACUCAAGCUUAAAGCCCAAGUCUUCAACGGGCCUAAGUCUGACUCCAGUGAAUUCAGAGGGGUCAUUGUGCAUUGCUGGUGAGGGCUGAAGGCCUGAAGCUUCCAGGGAUAGAGACUGGGUGGCAGAAGACCUAGGGGAGGAGUACAGUGAAAAUGGUGUGAACUGGCUAAGAGAGCCUGAGACUGGGGCGGCCGGGGGUGGAGGUGGGCACAGUGUGAGGGGCCUGAGCAUAGUGGCCAGUGCACAGUAGACCUGGCCGUCCGUCCACACAGAUGAAGCUUGUAGGCCAUGAGAAAAGCACAGUGUGGAGAGACUGCAGAAAGCCAGGAAGAGCCCUCGGGUGUGAUGGGCGGACAAUGAGGACCAGGGUGGGGACAUAGCGGAACAAUCAGCCUGACAGAAUCUCCAUGAUUCCCAAAGCGCCCCAUGUUUCCGGCCUCAUGCCUGGAAUGCCUCUCCCUCACCCCAUACUCAGCUGUUCUUUCAAGGCCCAAGUAUCACUUCCUCCAGGAGACCCUCUCUCUGCCAGAACCCAGGCUUUUUCCACCCCUUUGUGCCUGCCUCCACACCAGCAUAUAUCUUGAGGUUUGGGAUGAAUUACAUCUAUAUUAAUUGGGCUCCCCCCAUGUCUUCUGGGACUCCACAGCCCACUCAAGCAUGCCACACUGAGGCUGUUCUCAAGGGGUUUGUGGGUGAAAGGGCAUUUUUAAGGAAUGACCCCCCGAGGGAGAGGUGUGGGCUGAGGGGGAAAGAGUAGAAAUGCUCCUGAGGAUUUUUUGGGUCCCCAGCAGCUGCAGGAAUUGGUCAGCAGUCUGGGGCUUGGCAGCAGCUUGGCAUCAAGAAGGCCCAGUCAGAAGAUAAGGCUGACUGGGGACCAGGCCUCAGGAUGAGGCUUUUAAUGGUGCAUGGCUUGAGGCCAAGGAGCAGCGGAAGGAGCUCAGGCGGGGACCUGGGGUGCAGCGGGCCACCUCCCCUCGCCCCCAGUUCCGCAGAACCUUCUUUUUGUCCGUCAGCGGCCCUGGCAGAGGCAGCUGCGGUGUGUCUCCCAAGGUGGCUGAUGCAGGCCAGCUGCGGGCUGAGGGCUGAGCUCUGCUCUUCCUCUCUCAAUGGGUCCAUUGCCCCCUUGCCUGACUUUUGCCGGGAAGACCCAGUCCCCCAGGGUCACUCUGGUUACGAUCUGCGCCACGGGGAGAAUCAAGCCCAGGGUUCUCUUGAGCUGUGUGACCCAGAAUGCGCUGGUCGCGUUCAAAGAGGUGGCCGCGGACGGGCGCACAGCGGGCCCUCUCUGGGCGGCGCCCUUGACCUCGCGGCGCUUCUGGGUGGAGGCGUCAGUCCUCACCCGCAGGGUCAAGCUGGCCCUUGCCCCUGUCGCCCUUUCUCAUCUAGCCGUUUCAGUGGGCCACACUCACCUGGGGGGAGGGGGCACCGAGAUUGCCCCCACCUUUGGCACAGGGGAGAACCGGUCCCUCUCAGCCUGGCCAGUUUCUCAGUGCCAGGGGUGGGCAGAAAAGGAGGGAAAAGGG